UUUAAAAUCAAUGUGUCUGCAGUUGUACCAUGAUCUUACAGAGUAAAAAGCUUAGCAUUAUUAUAUUCAUAUGAAAAAUCUUACAGUGUGAUGGCUUUCGGCCAUAUUAAAAAGUUUCAUACGAAUACGAAAUUCACCUUGGUGCCGACGUUUUAUGCGUCUCCUAGUGAUACUAUUACUCGCUGUCUCUAUUAAAGCGCGACACAUUGAAAAGGAAUGUAAAGGAAUUGUCGUAAAUGACGUACUUCAGAAAGAAGAAAUUUUAAAGACGCAUGUUAUGAGUCCUUAUCAACUGGCAAUAGAUUACGAUACUAACACAUUAUUCUACAGUUAUUCGACAGAAGAUACUAAUGUCUUUCAAUCCGCCUAUCUUAAUUUAAAAACAAAUGAAUUUGGAAGCAUACAUGGCAUUGCUGGAGGCUUUGCCAACGCAGUUGAUAAUAAGAAAAAUACUGUUUAUCUUGGCGGAAGAGAUGGUAUUUAUGAAUUUAAUUAUAAUUCUAAAACAGCGCAUCGUCUAAAUAUAACCGAUGAUAAUAUUUGGCAACUCAUUUAUAAAGAUAAAUUGUACUAUUCAAAAUACCCAGAAGAACACGCUUAUGUAUUUCAAAACGGUAGAUUUGAAAGAGUACCGGAAUUGAUGAACACCAGAGCCAUGCUGCUAUGUGUCGAUGAUUAUAACAAUAUUUACUUUUCGAAUUCAUCUGGUUUGUUUAUUCAUAAAAAAGCAAACGAUGCCGUAAUUCACAUUGGAGACUUUAAUGUCAAUGGAUUUACUUAUGAUGUGCAUGGCGAUAUAUUUUUCUCUACACCAGAUGGCAUUUUCUCUAUUGACGUUGCCAAGAAAGAAGUAAAGAAUGUGGCAAAUAUUGAAAACGUCAGUGUCUAUGGUGUGGCAAUUGAUAUUACUGGUAAUGUCAUUUAUGCAUCAGAGGAUAGUAUUAUUAGACUCAGACCAACUGCAAAAAUUUGUCCAACCGAUGCUGACACUGUCAGAUUUGACUAAAAUGUUCUUUACAAUUACUAAGUCGAAAUAAAUAAUUUUAGUUUAGUCUUUUUUUUGUGCAUUUGCACAGCUCAUGGUUGAAAUUAAAUCAUUCAUUUACACAAUUUAAUAAUGUAGAGAUAAUCAGAUCAUGUUAAUGAGUAAUGAAAUAUGCUUAAAUAAACUAAUGACUAAUUAAA